CUGGCAUCUCUCCCACUUCGUCAUCGAACAAUACCUACCUUUUGUCAAUCAACACAACUUGUACAAUUGAUCCAUGGACUACCUUCGUUGAUUCUCUUUUGUGAGACACAGAAACUCACCUGAAAUCACGUGUCAGCAUGUUGGAAGUCGAUGAAUGAAACAAGCAACCCAAUCGGACAGGGGCCGGAAAGGCUCCACAAAAUAAUGGCGUCGAACGGGACCCCUUUCAGACCGACGACACGUAGGUACCGUGACAGCAUCCCAUCUCUCCUCUGUCGCAACUCUUUUGUGUCCGUCAUUGUAGCCAGCAAGUCCGUCAAGCAAGUCACAACAUCCGACUAAACAUGGCCCCGGCACCAUGGGAUUCAGUCCCUCCUGAGGACACCCUCUUCGCCUUGGUAACUGGCGCCAACAGUGGUAUCGGCUUCGCUAUCUGCCAACGUCUGAUCGACGAGUAUCUCGUGACGCGCUCCCUGACCUCCCACCUCGUCGUCAUCCCCACCACCCGCAGCGUCAAGAAGUCGCAAGAAACCAUCGAUGCGCUCCGCCAACAUGCCCGCGAAUUCGCAACCACCUCCGACAUCCUCCGCUCCCGUGCUGGUCCCAACUACGAUCCCCGAUCUAUUACUAAGCGCAUCCACAUUCUCAGCGUCCAACUAGACUUGUGCAAUCUCGCCGACGUCCACCGCGCCGCCGAACAACUCGUCAACGGCACCGUGAGCAGCCCCGCCGACGCCAACGAUGUCUACUUCACCUCCCUCACCGACGUGAGGAUACCCCGUCUCGAUGCGGUCAUCUUCAACGCCGGCAUGGGCGGCUGGACCGGUCUCGACUGGCCCAAGGUCUUCCACAACAUCUUUACCAAGGGUCUCGUCCAAGCCACCACCUGGCCGACCUUCAAGGCCGCCACGGCCGGACACGUCGUCAACCCCUUGCCCGACGCUAAAGACGAGAAGGUUCCCGAAAUGGGUCAAGUCUUUUGCGCCAACGUCUUCGGCCACUACCUGUUGGCACACAAGCUCGUGCCGCUGCUGAGCCGCUCCGAGUUUGACUCUACCAUUCCUCCCGGCCGUAUCAUCUGGGAAUCCUCCAUCGAGCCUGGGUGGAAGAACCUAUCGCUCUCCGACUUCCAAGCCAUCAAGACCAACGCCGCCUACGAGAGCACCAAGCGGCUGACGGACGUGCUCUCUCUGACCGCCACCCUGCCCUCCGCCCGCCCGUUUGUCGACUCGUAUCUUCAGCCGGCCACCAAGUCAAACGCACCAGCUACCCCACCCAGAAUCUACCUCGUCCACCCGGGCAUCGUCCAAACGACCCUCUUCCCGCUCAACGCCUUCAUGUUCUUCUGGUACCGCGUGGUGCUGUACAUUGCGCGCUGGCUCGGCUCCCCCUGGCAUCCUAUAACGGGGUACAACGGUGCCGUGGCGCCCGUAUGGCUUGCUUUGCAGGAGCAAGAGGCUUUGGAUGCGGUGGACGCUGAGCACGUCAAGUGGGGAUCGAGCACAGAUUUCUGGGGGGAGUGCAGAGUCCUGAAGACGGAAGUGGAAGGGUGGGGGUGGGAUGGGACGGUUGGAACGAGGAAGGAGCUAAAGAAUGAGAAGGGGGAGAGGCGCAUUGGGAGGAAGAUUGUGGGGAGAAAAUCCGGGGCGGUGGAUCUUACGGAGGAGAAAAAGGUUGAGUUUGAGAUGUUGGGGGUGGAGUGUUGGAAGGAGAUGGAGAGGUUGAGAGGGGAGUGGGAGGCCAGGUUGGGCAGGGUUCUCGAGAGGCAGUGAUGCUGCCGAGUGACGAGUGACGAGAUGAAAUUGGGUGGUUAAAAGUAAAUGAUAUUCCUGCCUGCACUGCUUUGAGACGAGCAGAGCUGGGAGAGACCUAUAUAUACAAAAUAAUGAUCCUAAUAAGUGUACCCAAAACCCGUCACAGGGGGUAUAAACGACAAUGUGCAUCCACGUACAUAUAAAACAAGCCAUAACACAUACACCGUCAUCCAUCAUCCAUCAUAAAUAACAUAACGCCAUUGCGUACCCCGACCCUCAGCAAGGAACAGAUGAAAUUCACGCCGUCCCCUCCACCGUCCCAUCCCCCCUACCAUCGUCCGACCUCACCCUCCUCAAACUAACCUUGUCCCGCCGUCCAAACAACCCCAAACAAAGCGGCACCGGAACCGUCACCAUAGCCACCACAGCAUGAAACACCAAUGCCCAAUACAUAUUCCCAUCCGGCCUCCCCUCUUUUCCCUUCUCCUCCUUCAAGGCCCCCGAAAUAAUUAUGAAUACCCCGCCCAAUACCUGCCCCCCGCUCCACGCCAACGUGCUCGUCACCUCGGGACUAAUCGGAUGCGUCACCUCCACCAGGAACUCCACCACCACCGGCACCAGACUGAAACUCGCCGCGCCCAGAAUGGCCAAAAUGAUAUAAGGCCCAGCGAGGCCGGCAGAGUCGUGGGUGGACGGCAUCCAAAGAAAAAUAAGGUAGCAGAUGCCAAUAAGCGGGACGGCAACACGGAUUGUAGUCAAAAACGCUUUCGUCCUGUCGAUGAUGGGCGAAGUGAUGGCCGACACAAGCAGCCCAACAACGAUGAGCACGGCCCCCGCGAUGCCGGCUUCUUCGUCGGUAUAGCCAUGGGGUUCCAUGAUUUGGUUGAGCAGCGAGGAGAUGGAGUUGAAGGUCCCCACAUAAACGGCAAAGGGGACAAAAAGGAGCCAGAAUUCGGCGUGGCCUAGGAGGAUCGCGGCCGAAGUGCGGAGAGG